AUGCAUCUGCCGCGGUUCGCUUCGGUUCCAACAUGCCACGGCAUCAUCACCACCUUCUUCGUCAAGGAGAACCACCUGACGUUUCCCCCAAAGAAAACACCCACUGCAAAACAGCAGAUUCAGACGGCUUCACUGGAGCGCCAUUUUGGCUCCCUGGCGAGCCUGACAUUUUACCCCAGGGUCCAAAAGCACUUUUUGUGGGGCUUCACUAGCUAUUUUAUGAGUAAAUCACAAAGGGGAGCUCCUCCUACCUGUACCUUCGAAUCAAACUGGACCAUCAAAUCAAACUGGUCCUUGCAGCAUCGUUUCUCCACUCUAAAGAAUUCAGAUGACACUCCUCUUGACUCUAUAAGGAGCUUUGAACAAAAGUUUGCAGAGCUGAGGAGCAUUGGGAACUGUGUCAAUGAGUGUGACCUCAGCCUGCUUUUGAAGAACAAAACUGCCCCCAUUUGUUAUGUUUGGUGUGAUCCCUCCCCUUGGAUGCAUAUAACCCAGGGUAUCUUAAUGACAAUCAAUGUCAAUAAGAUGAUUAAAGCUGGUUUCAAAGUUAAAAUUUUGAUGGCAGAUUGGUUUGCUCAGAUGGACCGUAAGAUUUGUUUCAUUGCUGGUGGUGAUCUAAGUAAAGUGCACACUAUUGGAUUGUACAAUGUUGAGACGUGGAAAGCAACUGGCAUGGAUCUUGAUGGAGUAGAGUUUGUGUGGUUGUCAGAUUUAGUAUCUAAGAAUGCAGAUGAAUACUGGCCACUUGCUAUGGAUAUUGCAAGGAAAAGCAAUCUGAGUGCAAUAAAAAACUGGCUUCGUGUUUAUGCAUCAAUCAAUACAAGGGGCCACGGGCAUAAAAAUCCCUAUAGCCGGAGGGAUUUUACUGCUGCUGAGAUAUUUUAUCCUUGCUUGCAGAGCGCUUGUAUAUUAUUUCAAAAGCAGACAGACAUAUGGUUGCUGGGCCUAGAUCAGAGUGGGGCCCACAUGUUAGCUCGGGAAUACUGCAAUCACAAUGAGAUGGAAAACAGACCAAUUGCAUUGUUCAACAAUAUGCCCAGUAAUUUAUUAGAAUCCCCUCAGUUAUGUGCGAUUGACGAUCCAAACUGGGCCAUCUUCAUGGAAGAUGAUGAGGAAGGCAUCAUUAGUAAAAUAAGUGAUGCAUUCUGCCCUCCAGAAUCUGCUGAAGGCAACCCGUGUUUGGAUUACAUAAAAUAUAUAGUAUUGCCUUGGUUUGGAAAGUUUGAGGUGGUUCUGAAUGGAGAUAAUGGUGGCAGCAAGACAUUUGUGAACAUGGAAGAGUUUACUUUUGAUUAUGAAAGUGGCGUACUGCAUCCUUCUGAUGUGAAGCAGGCCCUUGCGAAGGCAAUAAACAUGAUGUUGCAGCCUGUUCGUGAUCACUUCAGAAGCAGCGCUGAAGCACAAAGACUAGUGAAAGCAAAUGAGGAUUUCUAUUCGUCGCACUGGUGAGCAGAAGGUUAAUGGUUGAUGAAUUGGUGUUGUCAUGAAAGUUCAGUUAACUAGUCGAUGUUGUCACCAAAAAAUCGGUUGUCAAGUAGAUGUUGACGUGAAAACUUUAGGUAUAUUUGGCGCUGGUUUGCUGGAACGUUUGACGAAGUGGAAAACUUUGCAUGUUGCCGCUGCAUGUUUAGCAUUCUUGUUAGUUGCUCCUUAAAAAAGAAAAAGGCUUCAAACUUUUCUCGUGACAAAUUUGUUCUCAAAUGUUAAAUUAUUAAUAUGGUUCGCGUCUUAUGCCA